AUGGCCUUCACCUUCGCCGCCUUCUGCUACAUGCUGUCGCUGGUCCUCUGCGCCGCCCUCAUCUUCUUCGCCAUCUGGCAUAUAAUUGCCUUUGAUGAGCUACGGACAGACUUCAAAAGCCCUAUAGAUCAAUGCAACCCAGUCCACGCAAGAGAGCGACUGAGAAAUAUUGAGCGUAUUUGCUUCCUCCUGCGAAAGCUGGUGUUGCCGGAGUACUCUAUCCAUAGCCUUUUCUGCAUAAUGUUUUUGUGUGCCCAGGAAUGGCUCACGCUGGGGUUAAAUGUUCCUCUGCUUUUUUAUCACUUCUGGAGGUAUUUUCGUUGCCCAGCAGAUAGUCCAGAACUAGCAUAUGAUCCACCCGCAGUCAUGAAUGCAGAUACCUUGAGUUACUGUCAAAAAGAGGCCUGGUGUAAGCUAGCUUUCUAUCUCCUUUCUUUCUUCUACUAUCUUUACUGCAUGAUCUACACUUUGGUGAGCUCUUAA